AAGAAACAAAUACAAGAAAAUAUUACAAUGUAGCAUGAGAAGAUGAAACAGAAGACAUGACACUAACCAAAAUCAGACUUUCCUAAUCUCCUCUCCCAAAACUUUACUGCAGCCCCGCUGAUUUCAUUUUACAAGUACACAGAGCUAUUUUUUUGAAUACAGAGAAAAUUAGAUCCCACGGAUUUCCCUAAAAUGGCCCUGCGUUUUUUCUUUCGCCGGGGCCUGUCUGCUGCAAUAUGUUAUGGACACAGGCUUUCUCCGACCAGUUCUAAUGCAACUAACAACUUUCAUUUAUUCGAAUUUUCCUACUUGUACAGGGAAAGUGCGUUGGUUCCACCUUUCUUCAGGCCCCUUUCGACGACCUCCAUAAGGGCGGAAGCUGCUGGAAGCAAGAAAGGUGGCUCUGCUGAAAAAAGAGCUCGCCAAGCAGAGAAGAGGCGCAUUCGCAACAAAUCACGCAAGACGCUGAUAAAGACCCGCAUGAAAAAAGUUUUUAAAUCUAUAGACGAAGUGAAAGUAUCUUCUUCACCUAGUAUGGAGGAUUUCAAAGCAAUUAAUAAACUGAUAUCAGAAGCACAGUCAGCUAUUGACAAAGCUGUAAAAGGUGGUACCUUGCACAAAAAUACAGCAGCACGCAGAAAGUCUCGGCUUUUCAGAAGAAAGAAAGCAGUACAGAUACAACUUGGCAUGAAAAAACCAGCAACAGAUAAAAAACAAGUGUAAAGCUUAGCACAGAAUGUGAACAAACACUUAAGACGGACGAGUUGCUCUUUUUGAUGACAAUGGUUUUAUGUUUGUACGUGGCUUUACUUCCAUUAUAUGGUGCCACCCAUAGUUUCCUACUCAUGGUCUUGUGGUGUAGUACCUGUUGGGUUACAGGUAAUUUGUUAUCAUUUUACUCAAUUGUCUUAUAUCUCUCUCCCUCGCUUCCUUUUCCAGGACAUUUUAAAAUGGUUGAUUAUCUAAGCUGAUUGUUAUUUUGCACCUUCUUGAGAUGUUACUGGUAUCAUGGAUGGUUUCGUAUAUUUAUGGAAUGUUUAUUGACAUUAUGAA